AUGACCCCCUCCUCAGACAAGGAGCGCAACGGGCUAGAUAACCCCAGCUUCGUGGGUGAAGAUGGGAGCCACUGUCACCCCUUUGCUGAUCUCGCUGCCCAGAGCCCGAGGGAGGGCAGGGCUGAGGGCCGCCGCAGCAAGCUGGCCUACACUGUCACGGAGGUACCACCGUGGUAUCUGUGCAUCUUGCUGGGCAUUCAGCAUUUCCUGACAGCCAUGGGAGGUCUUGUGGCCAUCCCUCUGAUCCUCUCCAAAGAACUGUGCCUCCAACAUGACCUCCUCACCCAGAGCCACCUGAUCAGCACCAUCUUCUUUGUCUCAGGGAUUUGCACUCUACUGCAAGUCUUCUUUGGAGCAAUGGUAAAAAUGCCCCUAGUUCAGGGAAGUUCUUUCUCUGCAGAAGUGCAAGGAGCUAUCAUGGUAGCUUCCUGCUUUCAAAUCUUUGUUGGAUUUUCUGGCCUGAUUGGAUUUCUGAUGAGAUUCAUUGGCCCUCUGACAAUAGCCCCAACCAUCACCUUGGUUGCGCUACCUCUCUUUGACUCGGCUGGAGAUGAUGCUGGGCAACACUGGGGCAUAUCAUUCAUGACUAUUGCUUUCAUAGUUCUCUUCUCUCAGUACCUGAAAGAUGUUCCUGUGCCUUUGCCAUCUUACCAGAAAGGCAAGAAGUGCCACUUCUCUAAGAUCUACCUCUUCCAGAUCUUCCCAGUGCUGCUGGGGCUCUCCCUGAGCUGGCUGCUCUGCUACGUGCUCACGGUGACCAACGUGCUCCCCGCGGACCCGGCAGGAUACGGCCACUCGGCUCGGACCGACACGCGAGGGGACGUCCUGUCCCAGGCUCCCUGGUUCCGCUUCCCCUACCCAGGGCAAUGGGGAGUCCCAACUGUCAGCCUGGCCGGGAUAUUUGGUAUCAUAGCCGGGGUGAUUUCCUCCAUGCUGGAGUCACUAGGUGAUUACUACGCGUGUGCCCGCCUGUCGGGCGCCCCGCCGCCUCCCGAGCAGGGCAUCGGCGUGGAGGGCUUGGGCUGCCUCCUGGCUGGGGCCUGGGGCACCGGCAACGGCACCACGUCCUACAGCGAGAACGUGGGCGCCCUGGGCAUCACCAAGGUAGGGAGCCGAAUGGUGAUAGUUGCUGGUGGCUGCGCCAUGCUCCUGAGUGGCGUCUUUGGGAAAGUGGGUGCUAUGUUUGCCAGCAUACCCACCCCUGUGAUCGGAGGAAUGUUCCUGGUGAUGUUUGGAGUUAUCACGGCAGUGGGAAUUUCCAAUUUGCAGUAUACAGACAUGAACUCCUCCAGAAACAUCUUUAUCUUUGGGUUUUCUGUGUUUGCUGGCCUCACAAUUCCCAACUGGGCAAGCAAAAACAGUGGUCUGCUGCAAACAGGAAUCAUCCAGCUGGACCAAGUGAUACAGGUGCUUCUCACCACUGGCAUGUUUGUGGGUGGAUUCAUGGGGUUUCUCCUUGAUAACACCAUUCCAGGAACACAGGAGGAGCGAGGGCUCCUGGCAUGGAAGCAAAGCCAUAAGGAAGAGGGGGACAACGCUCAGCUUGUUUCCGAUGUCUAUGAUCUUCCCUUUGGCAUAGGCACCAAAUACUGCACCGUCUCUUGGUUUCGGUAUCUACCCGCUUGCCCCAAAAGACCACCUAGAGGCAAGAAAAUGGAUGAACCGAGGGCUGCUGAACAGGAAAGCAGUGUUAAAGCAAGUUCAGAAGGAACUUCAGAGAUAGGUGCUGAUACAAGGAUAUAA